CAUGCAUCCUCCUAUUAACAAUAUAUAUAUACACACCUAAAUUCUAUAUAAACCAUUCAGCAACAUCAGAUUUCUUGCACAAAAUUUCACCCAAGGAGAACAAGAAAGGCACUCCUGAUCCAUGGCGCACCACAUGUUUUUCCUCUCUUUAAUAUUAACUACACUAGCAGCAAUGCAAGGCUGCCAUGCAGUUGACUACGCUGUCACAAACACCGCCAUCACAACUGCUGGCGGCGCCCGCUUCAACAAACAAAUCGGGGCCGACUACAGCAAGCAAACACUGGUAUCUGCCACGAAUUUUAUAUGGAGAAUCUUACAACAAAACAACGCAGCUGAUCGGAAAAAUGUGAAAAAAGUCAGCUUGUUUAUCGAUAGCAUGGACGGGGUCGCAUAUGCUAGCAACAAUGAAAUUCACUUCAGUGCGAAUUAUAUAGGAAAUUAUUCUGGUGAUCUCAAAAGAGAGUUCGCUGGUGUACUAUACCAUGAGAUGACACAUAUUUGGCAAUGGAAUGGAAACGGACGGACUCCCGGAGGAUUGAUUGAAGGGAUUGCUGAUUACGUGAGGUUAAAGGCUAACUAUGCGCCAAGUCAUUGGGUUCAACCUGGUCAGGGCGACAGGUGGGAUCAAGGCUAUGACGUUACGGCCAGGUUUCUAGACUACCUUACCAGUUUGAGAAGUGGGUUUGUUGCAGAACUUAACAAGAAGAUGAGAAAUGGAUAUAAUGAGAGGUUCUUCUUUGAUCUGCUGGGGAAGACGGUUAGUCAGCUGUGGAGUGAGUACAAGGCCAAGUAUGGAAAGUAAUUAACCUAGGAGUCUAAUAAUCAAAUAAGAUGUUUUAGAGAAUAAGAAUCAUGUUGAUCGAAGUGUCUGUUUUUAUUCCUAUUAUCAACUCUAUGUGCAAUGUCAAUAAUUUCUAAAUA